AUCAAAAUGAAUGGACUACUUUGCUGUUUACUUUUUUCUUUAUUUGUAUAUGAUACCUGUGUUACUGAUGGCACAGAAGGUAAUUCAAAGUCCGGCAUAUUUACAACAGACGAUCAAGAUCAAAUAGAUUCUAUCGAUAAGCCACAAAACAAAAAUAAUAAACAGCCACCAAAAGCGCUGUCUGAUCAGAAAAGCAACUUAACCGAGCCAGCGUUGACAUCGGAUAAGAAAAAACAGAAACCCAAUCAACCAUCAACCGAAGAAGAUGAAUCUGUAUCGACUGCUGAAAAGACCAAUCGGUUAUCUGAUCCAGCUUCAUUGUCUACUCUAAGAAACCAAAAGGAUAAACAAUUGCCAUCAUUUGAACAGAAUGAUAAACAAUCGGAGUUAGCAACAUCACCAUCUAAUAAAAGAGACAAACAACCUGAACCGGAAGAAGAUCCCGAAUCGUCAUCUGGUAAGAAAACCAAACCAACUAAACCAGCGUGGUCAUCCAAUCAGAAUAAAAUCCCAUCAUCUUUAACGGGAUUUGCUUCAAAUCCAGGAUUGCCUUAAAACUGACAAAAAAUUGUAUUAAAACGUAAAACAACUUGAACUUAUACAUGUUAUAAUUUAAACAAUGCUUAGAAAACGUUGAAACAUUUUCAUUGUCAUUCAUAAAUCAAACAGAAAGGUCAUAUAAUAUUUAUCGUCAUAGAGAAAUAUGAAGGAUACACUAUUAUACACCUAUUGACUGGGUGUGAAGGUAAUAGCAAGUUUGUUGUCCCUGAAGUACCAACUAUUGCUCGAGGCAAAGCAGAGAGCAAUAGUUGGUAUGCGAAGGGACAAAAAACUUGCUAUUACCAAUACAACCAGUCAUUAGGUGUUUUAUUAUACUGAACAAAACAGCCAUUAAGAGUUUUCAUAUACCAAAUAACUAAUUUUUUAAAAGUGUAAAUAUAUCAUCUGAAAGAAAAGAAAAUUGUCACAUAACUUUUAUACAUGCACCUGAUGAACUAUACUUUUUUUUAUAAUUCGUUUUGUAUUUAUAAUAUUUCAUUAAUUUCAAUCAAGACUAGAAAUACUUGUGUUAAAC